UGUCCAUUGAGGUUUGACUAUUGGCGUAGUAGAAUCUCAAUCAUAUCUACCGAAAAUAUCUGGACAACAGUGGCAACAUUUUGCAAUUAUCCCAAUUUUGCAAAAAAACCUAACCGGGAAACAAAAAUAAAAGGAAUCCGAUCCACCGCAAUUAUUUGAGAAUCAAAAUGGAAGUAACACCAAUGCCAAUGCGUGUCCAAUCAAUUUCCCAAAAAUCCGAAUUACCCCACCAAUACAUUCAACCACCCGAAAACCGACCCACCCACCGUACCAUCACCACCGAUCACACAAUCCCAACUAUAGAUAUAAACAGCGAUAUGAACAUCUUACACAAAGAAAUCAGUGAAGCCUGUACAGAAUGGGGUGCAUUUCACGUGAUCAACCACGGUGUCCCCAUCACCUUACUUGAUGGAAUCAGAAAAGCCGGUUCGUCGUUUUUCGAGGAUUUAUCCAUGGAGGAAAAGCUAAGGUAUGGCUGUGAUUCGAGUUCGCCUGCUUCUGAAGGUUAUGGAAGCAGGAUGUUGGUGGAGUCAAACGACACCGUUUUGGAUUGGAGAGAUUAUUUUGAUCAUCAUACUUUUCCUCUCUCGAGACGGAAUCCUUCUCGUUGGCCUCAUUUUCCGCAGAAUUACAGGGAAGUUGUUGCGGAUUACAGUGAUCAAAUGAAGCUACUUGCUCAGAAGGUUUUGGGAUUAAUAUCUACGAGCUUAGGGUUGUCGUUUUCGUUUAUUGAAGAUGCAAUGGGGGAAUUAUACCAGAAUAUCACCAUCAGCUAUUACCCAAAAUGUCCACAGCCCGAGCUUACCCUUGGCUUGCAAUCUCACUCCGACAUGGGCUUCAUUACCCUUCUAAUUCAAGACAAUGUUGCUGGUCUUCAAGUUUCCAAGGAUGGUGAAUGGGUUACUGUAGAACCUCUAUCUCAGGCCAUCUUAGUGAUUUUGGGUGACCAAACAGAGAUUAUUACAAAUGGAAUAUAUAAGAGUUCUCAGCAUCGGGCCAUAACGAAUGCUAAUAAAGCAAGGCUUUCAGUUGCUACAUUCCAUGACCCUGACAAGACUAUGUCAGUAUCAUCAGCAUUCAAACCUCCCCGCUAUCGUGAAAGUUUAUAUGGUGACUAUGUGUCAUCGUGGUACACGAAAGGUCCAAAUGGUAAAAGGAACAUUGAUGCUCUACUGAUUUGAUUUGCUUCUCGAAGCAAGCAAUGUGCUUAAAAUUGUCGCCUUGUCUUUAUGGCUUGGGUUGCCUGUAACAUGUGCCUUGCAAGUGGAAAAGAAACAAAUCUGUAGCAAGUGAGUAUGCUUUAAAAUGUUUUUUCUUGGUUCUGUUACUGAUAAUUUAACUUGAAUUUGUGGAAAUUCAAUAACGAAUAAUCCCAUAACAUGAUUAAAACUUGAAACCUUCAUACAA